AUGGACGCCGACGAGAUGGACGUCGACCUCGACGGCGCCGGCGGGAUCGGCUCCCCACCCUCGGCCUCCCCCGCGUCCGCCUCCGGUUCCCUCCCCGCCGUCCUCUCCGAGCUCGCCGCCCUCCACCGCCCCGCGUCCUCCUCCUCCGCCACCUCCCCGCCCUUGUCCCUGCCCUCCAUCACGUUCCUCUCCUCCGGCCCCGCCGCCGUCGCGUCCAUCUUCCCCCGCCUCGCCGAGGCCGGCGUCCCUGCGUCCUCCUUGCUGCCCCCGCUCGAGGCCUCGCUCUCCGCGCACCCGCUCCCCGCCGCCGUCGCCUACCUCCGCCUCCUCCUCGCCCCGGCCUCCCCGCUCCUCACCCUCUUCUCCCCGCUCCCCUUCCUCUCCCUCCUCCUCGCCAUCCGCAAGGCCGCCGCCGCCGCGGCCGCCUCCGGCGCCGGCAGCGCCGCCUCCAACCCUAGCUCCGGUUCCGGCGCCGCCUCCAACCCCCGCAAGCGCAAGAACCAGCGCCAGAAGCCGCCGGCGGCCCCGCGGGCGGCGCAGUCGCUGCUCCCGAAGGCGCUCUCCCUGCUCGCCGACGCCGCGGGGAGGCUGCCGCUCGGGGCCCACCCGGACGCGCGGCGGUCGCUCGUCGACACCGCCGCGGAGCUCGCGGCGUUCGACGUCCUCGCCGCCGUCCUUGGAUCCGACUACCACGCCGGGGCGGUGCAGGACGUGAUACGCGCGCUGGCCCCGGUGGUGCUCUCGGCCACGAAAUCCGCGGCACGGGUGGCCGCGGUGCAGUUCCUCGUGAGGAAGUUGGUGCCUUUGGGUGGCGAGGAAGGGGAGGAAGCAGUUAGGAAGGCAGUGGGGUACCUUCCUAGGUACUUGGCCGCGAAGGCGCCGGACAAGGCGGAGGCCAGGGCACUGGCGGUGGAAGCCAUAGUCGAGGUGGUGCGGGCAUUGGAGGCAGAAGUAAGGGAGGGAUUUGCAGGGUAUGUUGUGGCCAUGGCAAGGGGCAAGGCAAAGGGACGACUGCUUGCUGUGGAUUUGGUCCUCGCCUUGCUCCCAGUGCUGUUACCAUCUGAAGGGGAUGACUGUGAUACAGAGGACUCUUGGUGGCUGAAGUUUUUGCUGCUGUUGGUGGAGAGGUGCUCAGAUAGCAUGGGAGGGGUUCGAGCUCGGGCGUUAACGAAUGCAGCCCAGGUGCUUGAUGUUUUGUCUGAGAGAGGUGUGGAGGUUGACCGGUUGCAGGAGGUGAUGAGGAUUGGGGACAUGGGGCUUGGGGAAUUGCUGAGACGACGCUGCACGGAUGAUAAGGCUGCUGUGAGGAAGGCUGUGCUUGUGCUCAUCACAAAGGCAAUCGGUUUGAUUGGGAGACCCAUGGAUGAGUCUCUUCUUUGUGCAAUGGGCACUGCAUGCUCUGAUCCAUUAGUCAGCAUCCGCAAGGCUGCUCUUGCUGCCAUCUCAGAGGUGUUUAGGAAAUUUCCUGAUGAGAAAGUGAUGAAAGAGUGGCUUCAGGCUGUGCCUCCACUGGUGAUUGAUAGUGAGACAAGCAUCCAGGAGGAAUGUGAAAACCUGUUCCUUGAACUGGUGCUUAACAGGAUCUGCCAAGCUGCCAAAUCGAAACUAGAUGAUGAUUCCAUCACCUUGGAGGAAGUUUUCCCUGAAGGGACACUGGAAUUGCUGAAAAGCAUCUGUGAUGGAGAGGUUGCUCCAUGCAUAAAGAAGAUAUGUGCAAGCCUUGGGAAGAAGAAGAAGCUGAAACCACUACUUGCUAGCUCACUGCAGAACAUCAUAACACUAUCUGAAUCCUUGUGGUCGAGAAAUUGUAAGCCAAUCGAAAAUUGGACUGCACCUAUUGGGUCCUGGUGGCUUCUUUCUGAAGUCUCAUCAUUCGCGCCAAAAUCAGUUGACUGGAAGUUCCUCUCCCACCACUGGAAACUCCUUGACAAUGUUGGCCAAGACGACAGAGGUAAAGCUUGUUCUCAAGUGGAACCAAACUCUGCGCUCUGGGCAGUCAAUCGUGUGUCACUCUUGCAAACCAUUUCAAAUGUCUCCAUGGAGCUGCCUGUGAAACCUGCAGCAGAAUUGGCACAGAGCUUGCUCACAAGGAUUGAGGAUUUUGAUAUGAACCUGAGUGAGGUUGAUGCGCAUGUAAAAGCACUGAAAACUUUAUGUAAAAGGAAAGCAAAAUCAGCUAAUGAGGGUGAUGCACUGAUCCUGAAGUGGGCGCAGCAACUUAUCUGUAGUGCUUUUGACAUCCUUGACCAGUACAUAAAAGAGGCAUCCGAAUCAGCCAGGGGUCACAGUUUCGUUACUCCUAUGACUGGCAAACGCAAGGGAAUGAAACAGACAUCUGCAUCAAAGUCAACAUUACGUGCAGUUGUUGCUGUGUUCACUGUUGGAUCACUGAUCCUAGCUUGUCCUACUGCUGAUGUGAAGGACAUCACCCUUUGCUACACACAAUUUUACAUGUCAAAAAUAACAAAAUCACUCCGUGAUACCUGUGAAGUAGUACGGAGACAAACAUUUAUCCUACUCUCUAAGUUGCUGCAGAGGGACUAUGUAAAGUGGAGAGGGGUUCUCUUCCUUCGGUUUCUGCCAUCUUUAGUUGACGAGUCUGAGAAGAUUAGGCAUUUGGCUGAUUACCUUUUUGGGAACAUCUUAAAAGCUAAAGCGCCACUCCUUGCAUAUAAUAGUUUUAUUGAAGCUAUAUAUGUUCUAAAUGAUUGCACUGGACAUGGUGUAUAUAGCGACUCUCAGUCUCAGGGAAGUUCAGAUGGAAGACCUGCCCUUUUUGCAAUUCGUGGCACUGACGAAAGAUCGAGAUCAAAACGAAUGCACAUUUAUGUCUCUUUGCUGAAACAAAUGGCACCAGAGCACCUUUUAGCCACGUCGGCCAAGUUAUGUGCUGAGAUCUUGGCAGCUGUUUGUGAUGGAUUGCUCAGUGUUGAUGAUGCUGGUGGAAGGGCUGUACUUCAGGAUGCUCUGCAGAUACUGGCUUGCAAGGAGAUGCGCAUCCACCCCAACAUCUUGUCAGAUAAUUCCGAGAUGGACGAGGAAGGCGGCGAGGGCGGGGCAACGGCCAGCGCGCUCCUGGCGGCCAAAGGGAGGGCGGUGACCCAGGUCGCGAAGAAGAACCUGAUCCAGAUCGCAGUCCCGAUCUUCAUCGAGCUGAAGCGGCUGCUGGAGAGCAAGAACAGCCCGCUGAUCGGGUGCCUGAUGGAGUGCCUGCGCGCCCUGCUCAAGGACUACAAGAACGAGAUGGAGGAGAUCCUGGUGGCGGACAAGCAGCUCCAGCGUGAGCUCCUCUACGACAUGCAGAAGUACGAGGCAGGCAAGGGGAAGGGCAAGGCUGCCGCGCAGGCCGAGGCCGAGGCUGGUCCCAGCGGCACCGGCAGGUCCCCUGCUGGUGAAUCUGCGAGAGCCACUGUCAGGUCGGUGCUGAAGGAGGUGAACCUGAAGGCGCCGACGCCGCCGCUGCACUCGAUGAGCGUGCCCAAGGUGAAGUCCAUUCUGGGCAGUGCUGGGCCGGGCUCUCUGCGCCCCGAUGUCCUGGAGUCGGUCAGGCGGCUUCAGCCGUUUGAGUCGGACGAUGAGAGUUAG